GCCGCCACCACCGCUUCAGCACCAGCGCCCGGACAGCGGUGCCGCCCACGGGCAUGGACGCUGGUAGCUGCGGCAGCAGCCGCGGUCCGGCUCCCGGCCCGGGUCCGGAAGGGGAGCAGCGGCCCAAGGGGGAGCCCUUGGCCCCAGACGGCAGCUUCCCGGACAGGUCCCAGAGCAAGGCUGUGGCCCCUGAGGCAAGCCCAGAGAAGAGCUGCUCCCUCCACAGUGGCCCCCUGGAGGAUCCUUCCAGUUCUUCAGGACCCCCACCAACAACUUCCACCCUCCAGCCUGUGGGCCCGUCCAGCCCCUUGGCCCCUGCACACUUCACCUACACCCGGGCACCGCAGGAAUACCGGGGAGACAAUUCCCUGCCAGGACUUGGGGACCGAGCAGCUCUAUGCUCCCAUGGCUCUAGCCUCAGCCCUUCACCAGCCCCCUCACAGCGAGAUGGGGCCUGGAAGCCGCCAUCUGUGCAACACCAUGUGGUCAGCGUCAGGCAGGAACGGACCUUCCGGAUGCCAAAGAGCUAUUCCCAGCUGAUUGCUGAGUGGCCAGUGGCUGUGCUGCUGCUGUGUCUGGCUGUCAUCCUCGUCUGUACCCUGGCUGGACUGCUGGGGGACCAGCUGCCCGACUUCUCCAAGCCCUUGCUGGGCUUUGAGCCUCGAGACACAGACAUCGGCCGCAAGCUGGUAGUGUGGAGAGCACUGCAAACCCUCACGGGCCCCAGGAAGCUGCUUUCUCUUUCCCCAGACCAUGAGCAGAACAGUUCCAACGCCCACACCACUCUGAGCCCCACACCCUGGAGCAGUACCCAGGAGGGCUUAGUCCGGCCUCGAAGGAUGGUGGAGCCCCUAGAGGACAGAGGGCAGGAGAACUUCUUCUGUGGCCCGCCUGAUAAGAGCUAUGCACAGCUGGUGUUCAUGUCCACCUCAGCAGGCAGCCUGUGGAACCUGCAUGCCAUCCAUUCCAUGUGCCGCAUGGAACAGGACCAGAUCCGCUCCCAUAGCCACUUUGGGGCUCUGUGCCAGCGUACAGAAGCCAACAAGUGCUGCCCCAGCUGGUCCCUGGGCAACUAUGUGGCUGUGCUCUCCAACCGCUCCUCCUGCCUGGACACUACGCAAGCCGAUGCGGCCCAAACACUGGCCCUUUUGCGGGCCUGUGCCAUCUACUACCACCGCGGCGCCCUGGUGCCCUCUUGUUUGGGCCCUGGACAGGACAAACCAGCACACUGCACCCAGGUGCCCACCAGGUGCUCCCGGAGCAGCGCUGUCUACCAACUCCUCCAUUUCCUACUGGACAGGGACUUUCUGAGUCCCCAGACUGCCGACUACCAGGUGCCCUCCCUCAAGUACAGCCUGCUCUUCCUGCCCACUCCCAAGGGGGCCUCCAUGAUGGGCAUCUACCUGGACCGCCUGGCAGUGCCCUGGGGGCUCUCUGACAACUACACGUCCAUCACCGGCAUGGACCUGGGCCUCAAGCAGGAGCUGCUGAGACACUACCUGGCCCAGGACACGGUGUACCCCUUGCUGGCCCUGGUUGCCAUCUUCCUCAGCAUCGCCCUCUACCUGCGUUCCCUCUUCCUCACGCUCCUGGUACUGCUGGGGGUGCUGGGCUCCCUGCUGGUCGCCUUCUUUCUCUACCGGGUGGCAUUCCGCAUGGCCUACUUCCCCUUCGUCAAUCUGGCAGCCUUCGUCCUUCUCAGCAGCGUCUGCGCCAACCACACACUCAUCUUCUUCGACCUGUGGCGCCUCAGCAAGAGCCAGCUGCCCUCGGGGGGGCUGGCGCAGCGCGUGGGCCGCACCAUGCACCACUUCGGCUACCUGCUGCUGGUCUCGGGCCUGACCACAGCCGCGGCCUUCUACGCCAGCUACCUGAGCCGCCUGCCGGCCGUGCGCUGCUUCGCCCUCUACCUGGGCACGGCCGUGCUGGCCCACCUGGCCCUCACGCUGGCCUGGCUGCCCGCCUCCGCGGUGCUCCAUGAGCGCUACCUGGCGCGCGCCUGUGCGUCCCGGGUGCAGGGCCCGAGGGCCGGCAGCGCGCCCCGGCGACUGGCCCUGGCGCUGCACAGAAGGCUCCGCGGUCUCCGGAGGGCGGCGGCCGGCACCUCGCGCCUGCUCUUCCAGCGCCUCCUGCCCUGUGGGGUCAUCAAGUUCCGCUACAUCUGGAUCUGCUGGUUCGCCGCGCUGGCGGCAGGGGGCGCCUACAUCGCCGGCGUCAGCCCCCGCCUGCGGCUGCCCACGCUGCCACCGCCCCGCGGCCAGGUCUUCCGGCCCAGUCACCCCUUCGAGCGCUUCGACGCCGAGUACCGCCAGCAGUUCCUGUUCGAGCGGCUUCCUCAGGGCGAGGGCGGCCAUUUGCCCGUGGUCCUGGUGUGGGGCGUCCUGCCCGUGGACACCGGCGACCCGCUUGACCCUCGCAGCAACAGCUCACUGGUGAGUGACCCAGCCUUCUCGGCCAGUGGCCCGGAAGCCCAGCGCUGGCUGCUGGACCUCUGCCACGGAGCUCGGAAUCAGAGCUUCUUUGGCGCCCAGCCCGAGGGCUGGCCCACGCUCUGCUUCGUGGAAGCCCUCCAGAGCUGGGUGGAGAGCCCCGCUUGUGCCCGCCUGGGGCCGGGCCUCUGCUGUGGCCACUCUGCCUUCCCUUGGGCACCCCAGCUUUUCCUUCACUGCCUCAAGAUGAUGGCUCUGGAGCAAGGCCCCAAUGGCACCCGGGACCUGGGGCCACGCUUCAAUGCCCAUGGCAGCCUGGCUGCCCUGGUCCUGCAGUUCCAGACUAACGUCCAGUAUAGUCCGGACUACGGCCAGGCUCACCGCUUUUACACUGAGGUUAGCCACUGGCUGGCGGCUGAGCUGGGCCGCGCACCCCCAGGCCUCCACCGGGGCUGGUUUACCAGCCAUCUGGAGCUCUACAGCCUGCAGCACAGCCUGAACACAGAACCAGCUGUGGUGCUGGGCCUCGCGCUGGCACUGGCCUUUGCCACACUGCUGCUGGGCACCUGGAACGUUCCACUGAGCCUGUUCUCCGUGGCAGCCGUGGCGGGCACCGUGCUGCUGACUGUGGGGCUACUGGUUCUGCUCGAAUGGCAGCUCAACACUGCCGAAGCUCUCUUUCUCUCCGCCUCUGUGGGCCUCUCGGUGGACUUCACAGUCAACUACUGUAUCUCCUAUCACCUGUGCCCACACCCUGACCGCCUGAGCCGCGUGGCCUUCUCCCUGCGUCAGACCAGCUGUGCCACGGCAGUGGGGGCCGCGGCCCUGUUUGCGGCCGGAGUGCUCAUGCUACCCGCAACCGUGCUGCUCUAUCGCAAGCUGGGCAUUGUCCUGAUGAUGGUCAAGUGCGUCAGCUGUGGCUUCGCCAGCUUCUUCUUCCAAUCUCUGUGCUGCUUCUUUGGGCCAGAGAAGAACUGUGGGCAGAUCCUCUGGCCUUGUGCCCACCUGCCUUGGGACACUGGAACAGGAGAGCCGAGUGGGGAUAAGGCAGGCCGCCCACGGGCAGGGCCAGCGGGAGGGGCGCCCGGAUCAUGCUCGGAACAGUACGAGCUCCAGCCCCUGGCACGGCGCCGGAGCCCCAGCUUUGACACGAGCACAGCCACGAGCAAACUGUCCCACCGGCCCUCUGUGCUCUCUGAGGAUCUCCAGCUGCAUGAUGGCCCCUGCUGCUCCCGUCCCCCACCGGCCCCUGCCUCCCCGAGGGAGCUGUUCCUGGACCACCAGUCCGUCUUCAGCCAGUGCCCAGCCCUGCAGACAUCCUCCCCUUAUAAGCAGGCGGGCGCCAGCCCCAAGACCCAAGGCAGGCGGGACUCCCCAGGCCAGAAGGCUGAGCCUGCGAGGGCCUCACCAAAAGUCCCUGCCCACUCUCCCAAGGCCAAGGCUGUGGAGCCUCCUGAUUGCCUCUGCUCUUCAGCCAGCACCCUAGAGGGCCUCAGCGUCUCUGAUGAGACCUGUCUGAGCACCUCGGAGCCCAGUGCCCGAGUUCCAGAUUCUGUUGGUGCCUCCCCGGACGACCUGGAUGAAACAGAGCCAACUGUACCCGAGCGGGGCCAGCUGAACGAAAAGCGGGACACCCUGUGGCUUGCGCUGAGGGAGGCCGUGUACGAUCCUUCCGUUCCUGCCUCCCACCAGAGCAGCUCAUCUUGGAAGGGCCGUGGGGCCCCGGGGGAUGGCAGCCCUGUGGUGCUGCCCAACAGCCAGCCAGAUCUGCCAGACGUUUGGCUCCGCAGGCCCAGCACCCACACUUCAGGCUACAGUAGCUGAGGGAGGCCCGGACUAGGGUACAGAGCCUGUUGGAGGCGACAAGGUGGCCCCGGACUGAAGCUUGAUGGUGUCUCCCCACCUCAGCACGGAGAGGUUUCACCAUCCAACUGUGGAGUUUAAACCCUGCCCCAUGUGGGUCAGCCUCGGUCCAGGCUGCUGCUUACUCCCCACAUCUGGAAGAUUCAGUGGGGUGGAUCUUGGGAAAGAAAGGUCACAGGCUCAUG